ACUUAUUUCAUUCAUUGCUCUAAUACAUUAUGACAGGCAUUCGACUUAUCUCAACUACUACAAUCCAAGCAACAAAACAUGAUGAGAACAACUCAACACACAAAAAAAUAGAUUUAACUCCAUGGGAUCUAACAUUACUCAAAAUUGAAACAAUCCAACAAGGCCUUCUUUUCCAUAAACCCAAAACAAACCAAAUCCAACAUCUUAAACAAACACUUUCCACCACUCUCAACUUCUUCCCACCUCUCACCGGUCGUCUUGUAAUAACACGACACGACGAACAUAACAAAGCCUCAUGUUCUGUCAUUUGCAACAAUGUUGGUGCAUUGUUCGUCCACGCUAUAGCAGAAAACACUACCAUCGCGGACAUUACUCAACCCAACUAUGUACCUCCCAUUGUUCACGCAUUAUUCCCACUCAACGGAGUUAAAAACUACGAAGGCACAACUCAACCGGUUCUUGCAGUUCAAGUAACAGAGUUAAUCGACGGCAUUUUCAUUGGUUUCGCAAUUAACCACCUUGUUGCAGACGGUAAGUCAUUUUGGCUUUUCGUUAAUUCUUGGGCCGAAAUCUCUCGUGGUUUCAAUAAACCAACCAAAAUCCCUACUUUUGAACGUUGGUUUCCAGACGACAUUAACCGUCCCAUACAGUUUCCUUUCACAGAGGAUGCACAAAAGAAACAACGUGAAAUUCCACCAAUUCGACUCUUCCACUUCACAAAAGAAAAAGUUGCACAACUCAAAUCAAAAGCUAAUGCAGAGAUUGGUCAUAGUAGUACUAAUAAUACUGAUAAAAUAAUAAUAAUAUCUUCAUUUCAAGCGCUUAUAACUCACAUUUGGCGUUCAAGUGCGAGUAAGCAACAUGCCGAACCAGGAGAAGAGACUAGUUUUGCCUUAGUGAUGGAUUGUAGGACAAGAAUGUGUCCAAAUUUGGGAGAAAAUUAUUUUGGAAAUACAAGAGUGUUUGAAAUUGUAACAAUGAAAACUAAGGAACUAAUGGAAGGUGGGAUUGGCAAGGUUAGUAUGGAAAUAAACAAGGUGAUUAGUACACAAUCUCAUGAGAAGAUAAUGAAUCAAUACGAGUCUUGGUUGAAAACACCAAUUAUAAUUGUGCCGGGUAUGCUGUCUAGAAGUAAUGUGUUGAUGGCAAACAGUUCACCAAGGUUCGAUGUUUAUGGUAAUGACUUUGGUUGGGGUAAGCCAAUAGCAGUUAGAAAUGGUGUUGGAAAUAAAAGUAUUGGUAAAGUUACUGUGUUUGCUGGGUUUGAACAAGGUAGUAUUGAUGUUGAACUUUGUCUUCCUUAUGAUGUUUUGGAAGCUUUGGGAAAUGACCAAUUGUUCUUGGAUGCUAUGUCUGUCUAAUUUCUAAUGCCUCCAGAUGGAUUUGUGCCUUGGAAGCUACACUUGUUUUGCAAUAAUUGAUAGCUUCUUGUGUUUUUUUCAUUUCUAAUGGCUAUGUACUAUGUAUGUAUGUAUCUCUACCUUUUGCUUUAAUUUCGGUUGUUUGUAUGCAUGUUUGUGGAAUCAAUUUGAUUCACUCAAAAUUUAUGGGUGUGCGUCACCCUCUAAAAACUUCUUCACAUCUCUUGAAUAAAGAAUGAGCUUGAAAAUUAUAGCUAUCACAUUGCUUCCUGGUGACAUGCACUAGUCAGUAGCACUUUAAACUUAUAUUUGACUUAAUUUAAAUAUUUGCUUCGUGAAGGUGCAGUUGUAAUGGGAUGAGCGUGAGAGAAGUCUAUAUGUGUUGUAAAACUUUUUACAUAGUAAUAAUUCUCUGAUUGUCGAUUUAGGCAA